UCCAAAUUGCUUUAUUCAUCGAUGAUAGCUUAGUACAACGGUGUGGAUUCUUAACACCAGGUAUUUUUUAUGACUUUUUCCCUUGCUAAAUUUUCGGACUGCAGGCCUCGGGUUGAGCGUUUUAGUUUUAAUGCAAAUGUUGCUUCCUUCUUGGUGGUUAUACAAAUACAUCAAGAAAAGAAGAGAGAUUAAGCUGAAAGAGAAGUACUUUAAGACGCAGUGGGGCCUCUUGUUGCAGCAGCAUCUAUCUUCAUCACCUGAAGACAAUGUCGCGAAGAGCAAAUUAUUCCGUUUCAAGGAUCUAGAGAAGGCCACUGACCGUUUCAACAAGGAUAGAAUACUCGGCCAAGGCGGACAAGGUGUUGUUUAUAAGGGAAUGUUGACCAAUGGAAAAAUAGUUGCAGUUAAGAAAUCGAAACUGAUAGACAAGGGAAAAGUUGAAGAGUUCAUCAAUGAGGUCAUCAUUCUCUCACAAAUCAAUCACAGGAAUGUGGUUAAACUAAUGGGGUGCUGCUUAGAAACAGAUUACCCACUUUUAGUAUAUGAAUUCAUACCAAAUGGAACUCUCUAUUGGUAUUUGCAUGACCCAAACGAAAACCUUCUCAUAUCAUGGGACACUCGCCUACGAAUUGCAGCCGAAAUCGCAGGAGCCUUAUGCUACCUGCAUUCGGCAAUUUCUAUACCCAUCUAUCAUCGUGACAUCAAGUCCACCAAUAUCCUCUUGGAUGAGAAACAUCAUGCUAAAGUUGCAGAUUUCGGUAUUUCCAAGUCUGUAUCCCGUGAUCAAACUCAUGUAACCACAUUGGUACGGGGGACUUUUGGAUACGUGGAUCCAGAGUACUUCAAAACAAGUCUGUUCACAGACAAAAGCGAUGUAUACAGCUUUGGAGUGGUCCUCGCUGAACUCUUAACUGGGCAAAAGCCAAUUUGUUGGCUUGGGGAAGAAGAAGGAAGAAACCUUGCGGACUAUUUUGUGAUUUCGAUGGAGCAGGAUCGUUUGUUUGAUAUUUCUGAUGCUCGAGUUAUGAAGGAAGGUAAGGAAGAAGAGAUCACAGCAGUUGCUAACCUUGCAAGAUGGUGCUUGAGCUCAACUGGGAGGGACCGGCCGACCAUGAAAGAAGUGGCAAUGCAGUUGGAGGGGAUAAGGAAGCUCCAAAGCACUUCGGGUUUCCAACAAAAUCAAGAAAAGAUCGAGGUCACUAAGUCUCGUAACUAUAGUUUCGCAUCAAGCAAGUUUUCCGUGGACGUAGGCAUAACUACAUUUUCAGAUGUGCAGUCAUUUACAGAUUGCGAAACAUGGUGAAGGCAGCAAUUUCUGGCAUCAUUCAGCAACAAAGCUCUAGCCAUACAGGCAAAGGCCAACGACUCGAAUUCAUAAGCUGCACUGAAAUCCGUCUUUACCCAUCCCUCUUUAGCCUUAACAAAUAGAGUGAACUUGCCCUUCCACUAGUCAAUCGUAGAUGGCUUUUUUCAGUUGUUUCCUGCUUGUUGGUGUUGGGAUCAACAGUGUUUGAAUAGUACCCUUUCCAAACUUUCUCUGGCU